AUGACGCUAAUUCCAACCUCGCUACAGAGAACCUUUAGAGCCAAUGGGGCUAACCUUGGCGGUUGGUUGGAGAAGGAACAGACUCACGACCCUAUCUGGUGGGCUAGCGUUGCCAAUUUGUCUACUACCCCUGACGAGUGGACUCUCUGCGAGACUCUUGGUGACCAGUGUGGCCCUACUCUCGAGGCCCGUUACGCCAGCUUCCUCAACACCUCGACCAUUGACCAGCUUGCCUCGGUCGGUGUGAACACUCUCCGUAUCCCUACCACUUACGCAGCCUGGGUCAAGGUUCCUGGAUCCGCUCUCUACCACGGUAACCAGCAGCAAUACCUCAAGGCCAUCACCGACUACGCCAUCAACACCUACGGCAUGCACAUCAUCAUCGGUCUCCACUCUCUCCCCGGUGGUGUCAACAAUCUCGACAUUGGUGAGGCUCUUAUGCACGACGACUUCUUCUACAACACCACCAACCUCAAUUACGCCUACGAAGCCGUCGAUGCCAUACUUGACUUCAUGAAGGCCAGCGGCAACUUGACUUCGUGGACCAUUGGACCCAUCAACGAGGCAUCUGACAACCUCAGUGGCUUCGGUACUUCUGCUGGUCUCUCUGCCAAGGGUGCUCAGUGGGUUGCCGACUAUAUCACCGGCGUUGUGGCCCGUACCGCCAAAGUUGACAGCCGAAUUCCCGUUAUGGUUCAAGAUUGCUUCAAGGGAGCUGCUUUCUGGAGCGAUUUCUUCGACGCAUCGAUGAACCUGGUCGUUGACUCGCACGUCUACUACUUUGCCGCCGCUGGUACUUACUCCCAAUACGUCGCUCCCGCUGUUUGCGGCCAAGCCGCCUUCAUCGCCGAGGCCACCAAAUUCCCCAACUUCAUUGGCGAAUGGUCCCUGCAGACUAUGUACAACAACAGCCUCGCCAUCUCUGACCGCCAAUUGAUCUUCAAUACCCAGCGUUACGCCUGGAGCAAGUACGUCAGCGGUGGCAGUUUCUGGACUGCCGUCUCGUACUCCACUGCCCUUGUCGAUGGUCAAGGCACCCAGAGAGAUUACUGGUCAUACACCGACCUCAUUGCCAACGGUGUCAUUCGCCCUGAGUCUGACUUCAACGGUACCGCUUACUGCUAG